AUGGCUCAUGAAAGAAUAUACGGCUCGUUUGAGACUGGCGAUAAUGCCUCUCCUAUAAUGAGUCACGCUAGCCUUCAACGGCAACCUGAUGAGAACAGCAAACUAUUGCCAGAUGAUCUUCCAACGGAGUUUGAAGCCCAAAGGGUGAUCGAGGGGGACGCUAAUUUUCAUCGUCUCGGUUGGAAACAUCUCACGGUGGUCAGCAUCGUCGAAGCGAUCGCUCUCGGCGCCCUUAGUCUACCUGCCGCAUUUGCAACACUGGGCAUGAUCCCGGGUAUUGUUACAUGUGUUGGGAUGGGAAUUAUCGCGAUAUACACCAGCUAUAUCAUCGGACAAGUCAAGAUCAAAUUCCCUUCAGUUGCGCACUAUGGAGAUAUUGGGCAACUGAUGAUGGGCAAAUUUGGCUACUGGCUCUUCAGUGGCAUCUUCGUCUUUCAGCUGACACUCUCUGUUGGAUCUCACUGCCUUACUGGCAUGAUUGCCUUUGCGAAUAUCACUCAAAGUAGUGUUUGCUCUUUGGUGUUCGGCGUUGUCUCCGCGAUCAUUCUGCUCUUGUUAGCGAUACCGCCUACAUUCGCCGAUAUCGCCAUUCUCGGUUAUAUUGACUUCGUCUCCGUUAUUCUCGCAAUCGGAGUCACGAUGAUUGCUACUGGAAUUCAGCAGGCGCAAAGUGCGGGCGGCCUCGCGAGCUCAAACUGGUCUGCCUGGCCCCCAGAGGAUGUCACAUUUUCUAAAGCUGCCGUCGCCGUCAGCAAUAUUGUCUUCGCUUACGCCUUUGGUGGCGCUUUACCCUCAUUCAUGAAUGAAAUGCAUACGCCGAAAGACUAUGUCAAAUCAAUCACCGCACUGGGGGUCAUUGAGAUCUCAAUAUACGUGCUAACCGGAUCUGUCAUCUAUGCCUUUGUCGGACAGGAUGUUCAAUCUCCUGCUUUGCUAUCGGCGGGACCUGUUGUAUCCAGGAUCGCCUUUGGAAUUGCCCUCCCGGUGAUCUUUAUUUCCGGCUCCAUCAAUACUACGGUCGUGUGUCGGUACAUUCACACGCGAAUCUAUCGUGAUUCGGUCGUUCAGUACGUCAACACAGUGAAGGGAUGGGUGACCUGGAUAGCACUCGUGGUUACCAUCACCACGAUCGCUUGGGUAGUUGCUGAAGUCAUCCCCUUCUUCGACGAUCUAUUGUCCAUCAGUGCGGCUCUCCUCGUCUCUGGGAUGUCUCUUUAUUUCCCCCCAAUGAUGUGGUAUUUACUUCUGAGAGAUGGAGACUGGUGGAAAUCGAGAAAUCUCCAACACAGUUUCUACAAUUUGGUCUGUUUCUUGAUCGGGAUCACGGUCCUUGUAUGUGGCGUUUAUGCAAGUAUUGUUGAGUUGAUAAGGAAAUUUCAAGACGGGGCUAUAGGUAGACCCUUUUCGUGCACGCUCGGCUAA